AUGGCACCGAAAAAGGUAGCAGUUUAUGGGGCCGUUUCCAAUAAUGAUGUUAGCUGUUUAAAUAAAACUAUUGAGGAUCUGAGGUCACAACUAGCUUCGAUUACUGAGAAAUAUGAAAAACAAGAUCUAAUUGUGUAUUUAACUAGAUAUGUUGAAAUACUUAGAAAGCAUUUAAAAAUCGAAACUGAACAAGUAUUGGAAAUCAUUGAAGAAUAUUUUGAAAAGAAGGAAAAAGAACCAUGUCUAGUUGGCAUAAAAAUUCCAGAAAAAUCUACGGAUGAUGGAUCUACUACUGCCGAUAGGCUCUUAGCAGAAAACAUUUUAGCUGCUGCUGGACUUUUACUAAUUGAUAAGCCAAACAGUAUUUUCUGUACCAGUGAAACGUGGUUGGAUGACUCUAUUGACAAUCGCGAACUAAACUUUGACGGCUUUAUAGUAUCACGAGUUAUCAAGGAUAGAACAAUAAAUAGUUCAAAUAUUCGUGGAGGUGGGCUUACCAUGCUUAUUCCUGAUUAUUAUAAAUUUAUAACCUUCGAUGAUUAUGUUUGCUCCUCUUUUGAAUCUUUGAUAAUUAAAAUUUAUCUUAGUAGCAAAAAUAUUUCCCUUUCAAAUCUAUACCGCCCACCGGGCUAUGGAAGCAAGUUCACUAGAGACCUUUACAACUUGUUACUCAGAUUAAAAUUAAUUGGUACUGAUUAUGUAAUUGUUGGUGAUCUUAAUAUGCCAAAUAUAAAUUGGGAAAAGAAUUGUUUAAAAAGUAGCAAUAAAUUUGAAGAGGACUUUCUAAACUUUUGUACCUAUGUUGGUUUACAGCAACAUGUUAAGGUCGCCACUAGGUACAACACUAUAUUAGAUAUUGUGUUAGCUGCCCCUACCUCUCUUGUUGAUAAAUCACGUAGAAAUCAACUGCGAUCGUGGUGGGGAAAUCGAUCGUCUAAUGCUAGGACAAGAGGAUUAUUUUCUCGUCGCCACCAAAAAGAUUAUAAAAUAUCUGCGAAACAUUUUUUUCGAACGCCGAAGAGUCAUAAGCGAUCGGAUAUUGUAUGCAUUGAUGAAUCACUUCCUGAAAUAAUUCUUAAUGGUGUCCAUUGGCGUUUUCCGAAUGCUAAGCGUAAGGCUGAUAAAAGUGACGAUGAACCGGCACAAGCAAAGAAGAAAUUAAUGCAAAAUGAAAAAGCCAUGUACAUCCCUAUCAAAAGCGGAUGUCGUUUCGCUAUUUUAGUGAAGCAGCUGAAAUCUCUUCUCGGUCGAAUAUGUGAACAAAACUGUGACAAAUAUUUCUUAUUAGAGGAACGCGAUAAAAUUCUCCACAAAGCUCGAAUCAAAUCUAAUGAUGUGGAGAGAGCGGUUACAGUUCAGGGUACUUGUGAAGAUAUGUGUAGUGAAAAGGAAAGAUAUGCUAGAAUUGUUCAAAAAAGAGUUAGUCCUUACGAGUGCAAUCAUUUGGGUGAAAUGAUUCCUAAAAUAGCCGUGAAGGAAUACAGAAGAAGUGCGGCAGAUCAGGAAGAACCUCUUCCGCACGAGCUUCGCCCAAUUCAUGUUCUUCAUUCCACGAUGAAUUACCUUAUCGAAAAGAUUGCUAGCAAUAUUCCUUCACGUGAU